CGACGCUUUUAAACACGAAACCUAAUAAAUAGUGUCCACUCACAAAAAUUGAAGCCAACCUAAAUUUCAUGUUAGUCGGAAGUAAUUGAGAAGCUCUCCGAACGCUUCCGUUGGUUCUCUUGUUGAAUUUUAUAUGAAGAAAAAGCUGAGAGUUGCAGAAGAUCAAAUUACCUGUACACGAGAUGACAAGUUUUGCCUUCAUAACUGGCGCAAUUAUUUUUUUAAUUCAAUUUGCACCAAAUCAGUGCCAAGUCUCGCUAAGGUUACAAGGGCCAUCAAGUGGCAAUGGUGCUGGCCGGGUGGAAAUAUUGCACAAAGGUUACUGGGGGACAAUCUGUGAUGAUGGAUGGGAUAUGAAAGAUGCUAAAGUAGCAUGUCGUCAACUUGGUUAUCAAGAUGUUGCAAGAACUCUUCAGAGAAACGAGGUUCCUUCUGGUUCUGGAAAUAUUUGGCUAGUUGCUCUUGAUUGUACUGGAGAGGAAGAAAAUAUUGCAAGCUGUUAUAAUAAUGGUUGGGGGAUUCAUUCCUGCACCCAUUCUCAAGAUGCCGGAGUAGAAUGUUCUAGCACAGAUUUUUCCACUUCUCCAGUAAAACUGCGGUUGCAAGGACCAUUAAGUGCAAAUGGUAUUGGUCGUGUUGAAGUAUUAUAUCAUGGAUAUUGGGGGACAAUCUGUGAUUAUGGAUGGGAUACGCAAGAUGCUAGAGUUGUAUGUCGUCAACUUGGUUAUAAUCUAGAUCACGUACACAGUAGAACUCUUUAUAGAAACCUGGUCCCUUCUGGUUCGGGACAGAUAUGGUUAGCACACGUAGCUUGUAAUGGAAAGGAAAAUAAUAUUAGAAGUUGUUCUCAUAAUGGUUGGGGGGCUAAUAAACAUUGUUCUCAUUCUUACGACGCCGGAGUUGAAUGUUCUGGCACAGAUUUGUCAGCUACGCCUGUUUCCAUCCGGUUACAAGGACCGUUGAGUACAAAUGGUACUGGUCGUGUUGAAGUAUUUUUUAACGGACAUUGGGGGACAAUCUGUGAUUAUGGAUGGGAUUUAAGAAAUGCGAGAGUUGUAUGUCGUCAACUUGGUUAUAAAGACGCCGUCAGAACACUUCGUAGGAACACUUUUCCUUCAGGUUCAGGAAUUAUAUGGCUAGCUUACAUCGCAUGUAAUGGGGAAGAACAAAACAUCACAAGUUGUACGCACAGUCCUUGGGGAGAUCAUUAUUGUUCUCAUUCCCGAGACGCUGGAGUGGAAUGUUCCAUAACUGAUUUUGCAGAUGAGGCUAUAAGAAUAAGAUUGCAAGGACCGUCAAGUGCAAAUGGUACUGGUCGUGUGGAAUUAUUCUAUCAUGGAUAUUGGGGGACAAUCUGUAGAAAUGGAUGGCAUAUGAGAAACGCCAUGAUUGCAUGUCGUCAACUUGGUUAUGAUCUAGAUCAUACGUACGUUACGACAAUUCCUAGAUAUCGUGUUCCUUCUGGUUCAGGACCUGUAUGGUUAUCUCGCGUCUCUUGUACUGGGGAAGAACAAAAUUUAACAAGCUGUUCUCACAAUGGUUGGGGAAACAAUUAUUGCUCUCAUUCUGAAGACAUCGGAGUACAAUGUUCUACCAAAGAGGCUGUAUUUGUAAGGUUGCAAGGACCAUCAAGUUCAAAUGGUACUGGUCGUGUUGAAGUAUUAUAUCGUGGACAAUGGGGGACAAUUUGUGAUGAUAGUUGGGAUAUGAGAGAUGCUCAGGUUGUAUGUCGUCAACUUGGUUAUGAAGAUGCUGCCAGACCCCUUCAAGGCAGCCAGGUUCAUUCUGGUUCUGGAAAAAUAUGGUUGGAUGAUGUUGAUUGCACAGGAACAGAACGGACUAUAGCAAGUUGCUCUCAUUGGGGUUGGGGUUUUCAUAAUUGUAGACAUUCCGAAGAUGCGGGAGUUGAAUGUAGUUCAACAGAUUUCUCACCAACACCUGUGCUGGUCAGGUUGCAAGGACCGCAGAGUGCAAAUGGUACUGGUCUUGUUGAAGUAUUGUAUCGUGGAUAUUGGGGAACAAUCUGUGAUAGUCGUUGGGAUAUGAGAGGUGCUCAAGUUGUAUGUCGGCAACUUGGUUAUGCAGAUGUUGUUAGAAUUCUUGAAAGGUCCCAGGUUUCUUCUGGUUCCGGACAAAUAUGGUUAGCUUAUGUCGCUUGUACCGGGGAAGAGAAGAAUAUUACGAGUUGUUCCCAUAAUGGUUGGGGGAAAGCCUUUUGCUCCCAUACCUCCGUCGCAGGAGUAGAAUGUUCCUCAACAGAAUUUUUAGGUACACCUGUUUCGGCCAGAUUACAAGGACCUUCAAGUGGAACAGGAACUGGUCGGCUUGAGGUAUUCUAUCAUGGUCAAUGGGGAACAGUUUGUAAUUAUGGAUGGGAUAUAAGAGACACUAGAGUUAUUUGUCGUCAACUUGGUUAUCCCGAUUUUGUUAGAACUCUUCGAAGAAACGAGGUUCCCUCUGGUUCUGGACAGAUAUGGUUUUCUUACGUCGCUUGUUCUGGGGAAGAACAAAACAUAACAAGUUGUUCUUAUAGAUGGGACUAUCUUCAUUGCUCGCAUUCUGACGACGUUGGAGUAAAAUGUUCAAGAACAGCUAUAACUGCGUCAGUUAGGUUACAAGGACCAUUAAGUGACGAUGGUAUUGGUCGUGUCGAGGUAUUCUUCAACGGAACCUGGGGAACUAUCUGUGAUUCCGGUUGGGAUUUGAAAGAUGCUAGGGUUGUGUGUCGUCAACUUGGUUAUCAAAAUGUUGCUCGGGCCCUUUAUAAGAAUCAGGUUCCUUCUGGUUCUGGACAGAUAUGGCUACAAAAUCUCGAAUGUACUGGCUCAGAGCGUAAUAUUGCAAAUUGUGUUCAUGGAGGUUGGGGUGUUACUUCUUGCUCACAUUCAAGAGUUGUAGGAGUUGAAUGUAGUACAACAGAUUUUUCAGCCUCGCCUGUGUCGCUAAGGUUGCGCGGACCUUCACGUGAAAAAGGGGCAGGUCGUGUUGAAGUGUUCUAUCAUGGAUAUUGGGGUACAAUCUGUGAUUAUUCAUGGGAUUUCAAAGAUGCUAGGGUUGUGUGUCAUCAACUUGGCUAUCUGGAUGCUGUUAAAACUCUUGAAAGAAACGAAUUCCCUCCAGGUUCAGGACAAGUGUGGUUAAGAAAUGUCUAUUGUACUGGGGAAGAGCACAAUAUAACAAGUUGUUCUCAUAGUUCUUGGGGAGUUAGUCCUUGCACCCAUGAUCGUGAAGCUGGAGUUCAAUGUUCUACAACAGCCAUAACGGCACCAAUUAGGUUACAAGGACCAUCAAGUAAAGAAGGUACUGGUCGUGUUGAAUUAUUCUACAAUGGACAAUGGGGGACAAUUUGUGAUACAGAAUGGGAUUUGAGAGAUGCUAGGGUUGUAUGUCGUGAACUUGGAUAUCCUGAUGCCGUUCAAACUCUUAAAACGAACAAGGUUCCUCCUGGCUCAGGAAAAAUAUGGUUAUCCGAUGUUGGUUGCACUGGGAAAGAACAAAAUAUUGCAAGUUGUAUUCAUAGUGGUUGGGGAGAAGCUCCUAAUUGCUAUCAUUCUCUAGACGCUGGAGUUAAAUGUUCCAGGACAGUAAUAACUGCGUCACUCAGGCUACAAGGGCCACUGAACGAUGUUGGUACUGGUCGUGUUGAGGUAUUGUACAAGGGAGAAUGGGGAACAAUCUGUGACAAUGGAUGGGAUUUGCGAGAUGCCAGGGUUGUAUGUCGUCAGCUUGGUUACCACAACGUAUUGAGGACUCUUCCGAGGAGCGAGGUUAUCCCUGGUUCCGGACCGAUAUGGUUAGCUAAAGUUAAGUGUACGGGAGAAGAAGAAAAUAUUAAAAGUUGUUUACAUGAUGGUUGGGGUGUCAGUUAUAGUCCGUGUUCUCAUGAUCGAGACGCCGGAGUAGAAUGUUCUCCGACAGAGAGACCAAAUGUAACAGUCAAUUGCUCCAGUUUAAUCGCAGUAAAUGUUGGUGAUGAUAUAACAUGCUUGUGUGAAGGAAAAGGUGGAAAACCUCCAGCCAAUGUGACAUGGUAUAAAGAUGGCGUCCAGUUUGGAGACACAGAACAGGAGCAAAACGUGUUAACUCUCAGAAAUGUCAAUGAAACAGAUAAUGGAACAUUCAAAUGUGUUGGAAAAAGCUACACUCUCACGGAUGAGAAAUCAAUUGAAGUCGAUUUUUAUUACGAAAAAUCACCCUCCAAAGAUUCGAAGGGCGGAACUCAAUGGCAUAUUCCUUUUAUCAUCGUCGUGGCUGCAAUUAUUGUUCUACUUUGUGUUGCAUAUGCUGUUGUGUAUUAUCGUCGACGAUGGUUAGGAAACAGAAAUGCUGGAUCGAGUACCGGUGCUCAAGAUACAAAUGCAGCUGAAAUUUACGAAGAGGUUAAUCUUAAAAAUUUGGCGCAAAACCGCUACCAGUCACCAGGAGAUGCCGUAAAGGAUGAUUACUCAAGUUAUGCAGAAUUAGAUAAAGUGAGAGAUGCAGAAAACACUUAUCAAAGUUUAAAAUAACUAGUUGCGAUAAUAAGAUAAUGACAUACGUGCAUGCAUUUAAAAUAUUUAUAAGUAGACUUGCUUAUCAGACAAUUUCCAGCAAAUAUUAUUAAAAAAUACAUUUACUAAAGUUAAGGGUGCUUAAUAGUAUUACGUAAUCAUCUAAACGGAAUUUGGCCUAUGGCCCAUCGCCCAUAUACCAUUGCUGUAAGUAACUUCCUUAGAAAUGACUAGUUACAAAUAUUCGUUAUAAUUUUCAGUAACCGCAACGGUAACUCGUUUUUAUUUUUAAGGUAGCGGUAACGGUGUAGGGUAGCGGUAACGGUGGCGGUAACUAAUUAAAAAAAGCAUUUAAAACUAAAACGCCGGAUUACAAGUUGUAAUACAUUCAGGACAAGUUACAUUUUUGAAUAAAAAAUUAAGAAAUCAUUAUGUUCAUACAAGCUUGCAUCACAUUGAAUGCAAGCGUGCUAUUUUGUCGAGGCACGGUCGGAACUAAUCAGAAUGCUAAAAAUUGUGUUUAGUUCUAAUAGAAAAAAAUUGUUUUUCUUAGUUGUUUUUUUUACGUUUCU